CUACCUUAACAAGCCACCUCCUGUGGAGUAUAGUUACGCACGGGAUGUUUACUCCUGGGCCGGGCAACACCGACAAGUCUACAUCUCUCCCCAUUUGAAUUCAAGAUGGGGUUGCUACCCUUCAAGCUCUUCCGGUCGCGGGAGACAAGGACACAGCAGCUGCCCUUGUACAAGGAGGUCCCCGCUCCGAGGACGCGCAAAGCCAAACCACGAACGCCGCGCUCGCCCGUAAAAGAGCGUUAUUCCGACUCAGAAGACUCGUCGGAUGUUUCCGACGAUGGCAACACCACCGACUCGUCCACCUCCAGCUCCGGCAGCUCGAGGCGGACAUCAUCCUCUGCCUCCUCGGCCGCGGCACCCAUGCUCUCCAAGAGGCGGCCCGUAGCUCCGCCACGCCGGGCACCGGUCAGGAGAUACCUGUACCGCCUGCCGAACAGGGUCAUCCGCUUCCUGUGCUUCGGCAUGAUGUCGACCAUCAUCAUCUUCAUCUUCAUUCUGGUCCGGGCCAGCCAGAUUGAAAACAGAAGGAUGGCAGAAGGGAAGGUGGAAAAGAAGCCAGUGCCGCCCCCCUGGGAGCAGUUCGAGUUUCUCACUCGGUACUACGGCGGCGUCAAGACCAUCCUUCCUCUGGCCGACAACACGCCCCAGUACCCGCGGCUGGAGGAAGAGGGCCCCUACAACGCCAGCUACCCGCAGGAGAAACAACAACAACAACAACAACAAGAUGCAAAAGUCCCUCCAAGCAAGGCCUUUGUCGACUACCCGGGGGCGGGGUUCCCCAAGCCGGCUGACGGCAUCCGCGAAUGCUUCCUUGACAGCCAAAAUACCCUCAAGGUGCCCUCCAUCCGUUACUUCGAGGGUCGUCCGCACGGUUUCCCGGACAAUAUCCUCGGCUCUUACGAACUGCUCUCGCUCCCGGGGGACAUCUGCUUCGACCGCUACGGGAGGUACGGGCCAUAUGGCUACGGCUACUCGGUCCGGACCGGGGGCCUUGGUAUCGGCGAGCACGGCGACCGCGAGGGGUCCGAGGCGGUUUGGAAGUCCGACCGGCGGAUCGACUGGCGCAACAUCGACUGGGCCGCCGCUCAGCGCCAGUGCUAUAAGGCUAAUGCCGAGCGCUUCAAGCCGUUGACGGUCCGCGAGGCUCCCCCUCGCGGCUUCUACAUCGGCGACGGGCUCGAGAUUCCCAAGCUGGCCACGCGUCAACAAGACGACCAAGACCAGCCCCUGGCCACGGACGAGGAGCCCGGGAGCGAAGAGCUCCCAAGGACCGCGGUUGUGCUCCGCUGCUGGGACGAGUUUCCCUGGCGGGAAGAGGACAUUGUCAACCUCCGAGCCCUCAUCGCCGAGCUGUCCCUGGCCUCGGGCGGCCGCUAUGAUGUCCACCUCCUGGUGCAGGUGCGCAAUGAUGCCAGGAACCCCGUCUGGGCCGACGACGACGAAUAUCGCAGCCGCAUCAACGAGACCAUCCCGAAAGAAUUCCGCGGGAUCGCCACGCUGUGGUCCGAGACCCAGAUGCUCGCCGUCUACCAAGGUAUCCGCGAUCUAUGGACGAGGGGGCCAGACCUGCCCGUCCACGGCUCCUACCGCGGCCUGCAGAUGGCGAUGCAACACUUUGCUUACAACCACCCCGAGUACGACUACUUUUGGCAGUGGGAGAUGGACAUCCGCUACACGGGCCACUACCACGACCUCCUCUCCAAGCUCGAGCUCUGGGCCAAGGAUCAGCCCCGCAAGGGCCUGUGGGAGCGCAACGGGCGCUUCUAUAUUCCCCACGUCCACGGCAGCUGGGAGGACUUCAAGCAGAUGGCCCGCGUCCAGACGGAGCACGGCACCGUCACCGCCGACAACAUCUGGGACUCGGUACAGAUUGCCAACAACGGCGGCGGCGACGGCGGCGGCGGCGGCGGCAGCAGCAGCAGCAGCAAGCUCGGCGAAAGACUGGCAACCCCCAAGAGUGAGCAGUCCGUCUGGGGGCCCCUACGCCCGGAUUCCCCGGCCGACUGGUUCGAGCACGAGGACGACCCAGAGCCCCCAACCACGUACGAGCGCGACAAGUACACGUGGGGCGUGGGCGAGGAGGCCGACCUCCUGACGCUCUCGCCUAUCUUCGACCCGGACGGCACCACGUGGAAGCUCGCCGACGACAUCACGGGGUACAACGAGACCGGGGGCAAGCCGCCGCGGCGGGCGCAGAUCAUCACGGCCUCUCGCAUGUCGCGCCGCCUGCUGCUAACCAUGCACCGCGAGACGGCGUUCAAGAAGCACCACGCCUUCCCCGAGAUGUGGCCGGCGACGGUGGCGCUGCACCACGGCCUCAAGGCCGUCUUCGCCCCGCACCCCGUCUUCGUCGACCGCGUCUGGCCGCCCGAGUACAUGGCCCGCGUCCUCAACGCCGGCCGCAACGGCGCCUCGGGCGGCGGCCGCGCCUCGGUCUACGGCGAGCGCGAGCACAACAUGCGUGGCCUGACGUGGUUCUACAACGCCGGCUUCGCCGGCAACCUCUACCGCCGCUGGCUCGGCCUGCGCGUCAACAACGACGGCGGCGAGGAGUUCGAGACCACCGCCGACCUCAGCAAGAACGAGACCUCGGUCGGCACCAUGCGCGGCGGCGAGGGCCGCAUGUGCCUGCCCCCCAUGCUGCUCCACCCCGUCAAGGAGGUCGACCUCCCCGUCGAGAGGGGGCAUCCGCAGGAGGAGGAAGCCGCUCCGCCCCCUCCCGCGUUGGAUCCUGCUGCUUAACGGUUGUUUUUUUCUUUCUUUCUUCUUUUUCCUCCCUUGUCCUUUUCCUUUUCCUUGUCAUUUUGCUUUUAUUCCUUUUUUUUAUUGGCUUGAGUGUUCAGCUUCGGCGUUUGGGUAUGAUGUGCUAGGAAAGGGAAGAAGAUCUGUAGGGUUACGCUUUGAUGAUGAGAUAUGUAAACAAACAGAUGGUUCUGCUUGGACAUGACAUGCAUUAUGCGCCUUCGCGAAGAGAGAAAACAAUCCGUCUCAGUUAUGUCCCUUUAUAUGGUAAAUGACCCUACUAUCGUCGUGGCUGUCACCUCUCAACGUAUGAUAUGUCCUUCGGCUCGUUUAGUUCAUGUUCUUGGUGAUCGUACAGGACCCGGACGCAUGGGAAUAUUUGAUGGGACACGCGUCGUCCAAGACGCUACACCAGAAGAUCACCGGCGCCGUUUUGGUCUUCCGAGUUCCCCGUUUGCGCCACACAUACUGAUAUAUGUGAUUUUGCAUCGCCAAUGUAAUAACACUAACAACGUCGAGAAAUGGCCGAUUAAACAACCCUCUUGACCUGA